AUGGCGGCUUGCUGGGCAGCCCGCGGCUCCAAGCCGGCGGUAGAUGAGUUCACCGUUCCUGCGGAAAAGAGCCGUCUCCUGGAGGGGAGCCGGGGCCGCAUCGAGGGCUUGUUCGAGGUGCGGCUGGCCGUUCUGGAGGCGCAGGGGGACUGGCGGCCAGUGAUCGCGCCGCCCGCCCCCGCCAGGAUCUGGGUGCAGCUGAAGGGCGGUGGGAAGGCUGUGCGUAACGCCAAGGAGUACGUUAAGGGACUCUGUGAACCUGAACUAGAAGAAAAGGAAUACUACCCAAAGGACAUGCACUGCAUCUUUGUUGGAGCACAGAGCCUGUUUCUCAACAGUCUCAUUCAGGAUACUUGUGCUGAUAUAACAGUGCUGGAAAUAGGGUUGCUUAGUAUUAAGGGGGGUGCAGAAGCUGUUGUUAUGGCUCAAAGUCACAUUCAGCAGUUUGUGAAGCUUUUUGAGAAUAACGAAAGCUUAUUAAACGACAAUGAAUCAGAGAUUAAAAGGCAUUUCAGACAAUUUGUGGAAGCACAUGCAGAUAAAUAUACAAUGGAUUUACUGAUUUUGCCUAGCUCACUAAAAAGAGAGCUGCUAGCUCUCACACAAACCGAAUGUUGUGAAGUGGAGAGUGACAUCAUAGAUCUUACAAGUUCUGAAAGCCCAACAGAGUUUUUGCAAAAUAAAGCCUCCAAAGUAAUCACUACAAACAGAGAUGGAAAAGCAGAUGGUGAGGAAGCAAGAAACAGUGCUGGGACACCUGUAACUGAGCUUACAAAGCAAAUGGACACUGUGUUUUCUGAUGCUUCUGAAACAAGUUUUGUUCCCAUAAAUUUGCCUGUGUUAGAGGCAGUGGUAUCUAAAGAAAGGCAAUCUUGUAAAAGAAGAUCUUCUGAUGAUGAGGAAAGGCUUUCUAAAAAGCAGUUUUCUUUGGAAAAUAAUCAGGAAGUGAUAUCUGCUUCAUGCAGUAAUCCUUCAAACAGUGAUGCAGUUACUGAUUUGCUUUCAGAUAGCUGCAGUGAUUCAGGUGAUCCCAAUUAUUGCCUUAAAGAAAGUGAUGAUAUCAGUGAGGAAAUGGAAUAUAAGAUUCUUGUGAAUUUUUUCAGAACGAUGGGAUAUUCCCAAAGUAUUGUAGAAAAAGUUAUUGGUAUCCUAGGACAAUCUGUGGAACCAUUAAUAUUGCUAGAAGAAAUUGAAAAGGAACAUAUAAAAUUUCAAAAAGAACAUGAACAAUCAUCUCAAGAACCUGGAACUCUCAAUCUUCCUUUAGGCAGUAGUGCAGAUAAUUCACAAACACUAGGAGACAAAGGUAUUUCUAGACAGAAAAGUCUACUUAAAUCUAGUCAUGCUUCAAAAGAGGUGAAAAAUGAGUGUGAUAGAAUAAGAAAUUUGCCAAGCAAGCAAGCUGAUGCAGAAGAUAAAAUGCCUGUGUUGGUAUGCAAAUGUGCUUCUCCUUCUAGCCAAAAAUCAGCUGUGUGCUAUAAACAAAAAGACUCUAACUGCCCUGGUAAGAAUCACAGUGCAAGGUCAGGUGAUACAGAAACUGAUGAUGAUAUAACCAUUGUUGCUGUGCAAGCUGGAGCUGUAAAAGAUACUGAUUUUGUAGCCAGAGGGAGCUCAGAUGUGCGUAUCUCAACUAAUACUAAAACUGCAGUUCAGCAGAAAUCCACAGGGCCCUCAACUGUACGCAAUAGUUAUCCUGGUUUUGAGGACCAGCUGGGACACUGCAGCUCUUCUCAAGUGAGAUCUCUCAAUCGACAUCUUUCCCAAACCUCAAAUACUGAAAAUCCUGUCCCAGAUCAGGUAUUCUCUUCAAAGACAUAUCCUUCAAAUCCUGAUAGCAAGAAUGUGGGGCCACACUCAAACAAAAGUCAUCGUGAUCCUUCAGUUACUGGAGUUCAAAGAUUUUUGGAUUCUCUGAAAAAGCCAUACAAACUGGAGUUGAAAAAUGAACCUGGGAAUCCGUAUUUAAAACACAUCAUUAUUGAUGGAAGCAAUGUUGCAAUUUCUCAUGGUCUUCGGAAAUUCUUCUCCUGUCGAGGAAUUGCAAUAGCUGUUGACUACUUUUGGAAACGUGGCCACAGAAAUAUUACUGUAUUUGUUCCACAGUGGAGAACAAGACGUGAUCCCUACAUUACAGAGCAGGAUUUCCUAACAGAGCUCCAGGAUGUUGGAAUACUGUCUUUAACUCCUGCAAGGAUGGUUUUAGGAGCAAGAAUUGCUGCUCAUGAUGACAGGUUUUUACUACAUCUUGCUGAUAAAACUGGAGGUGUUAUUGUGACUAAUGAUAACUUCAGAGAAUUUGUGACAGAAUCACUUGCCUGGAGAGAUAUUAUUCAAAAAAGAUUGCUCCAGUACACUUUUGCUGGUGACAUAUUUAUGGUUCCUGAUGAUCCCUUAGGAAGAAAUGGACCUAGAUUAGAUGACUUCCUUCGCAGUGAAGGCUGUUAUAGAGGUUUUCAGUCAGCCCACAACGCUUUUCAGAGCAGUGGAUGGUAUUCUUCUGAGACGCCUUUCUUCGAACCAGGCCCUGAUCCAACCAGUAGCAGUCGACAGCCUCAAAACAGAGUGUAUGGUGAUCAUGCAUCAACAUGGUUUCCAGCAGAAACAAACAUAAACUCUUGUCUAGCAGUUCCACCACAGAGAUCUGCCUCAGAAACAGUACAGCUAAGAGAAGCCUUGAUAAAAAUUUUUCCUGACUAUGAGCAAAGACAGAAGAUUGAUCAAAUACUAGCUGACCAUCCAUUCAUGAGAGAUCUUAAUGCACUUUCUGCCAUGGUGCUUGACUGAAUACUAUAAAGGGUUUUUAUAUUACCACUGAUCAGACUAACUUUGAAUAUCAAUGUGAAGAAAAUUUUGCUCUGAGUUACUUUGUGAAUAUUCAAAACCUAAUUUUAUUUGUAUAAACAAAGAUAUUUUUUCUGUAUGUUCUGUUGCUAAUAGAUGCCAGGUUUUGGUAAAUUAAAAACUGCUGCUACUACAGAUUUGUAGUAAUAUUUUUCUAUGGAAAAAAAAGAAAAAACACACAAGUCUUUUGCUUCACUUGAAUUGCAAUAACAGUUCUAGAGAACUGUUACCACUUUAAAUAGUACGCUAGCACUUUUUAAAACUCCUUUCCUCUUAAAAGUGACUCCUUCAGCUUCAGAUAUAUUUUCCAGGUAUACAUGUAACAUACUAUAAUAUAAGCCAUGAACCUGUCGGCUAUCUAUUGUUGGUGUUUGUAUCUACAGUAUAGAUAUUUUUAGGAAACCUAUGUUCUACUAGUACCUCUUUUGCUUAUGGACUUUAAAAUAUUUCUCCAUGGAAAUAAAACAGACCCUUUUAAGAUUUUCAGAUAUGAAGAAUUCUGCGUAGUUUAUAUGUGAAGCUGCUUUCAUUAAGCCUGCAUCCUGGAUUUUGAAAAUAGGCUAUACUCCUAAGGGUCUUAAUGAGAGUGGUUUGAAAGUCACUGUGUGGGAGAUGUCCGGUGUAUUAUUGCAGUACUGCCAGACGAUGGCGUUGUGUUUCUGUUGGGUUGUUACGAUCAACAGUAAGGUUUCUGACGUAUUCUGAAGUGCUCAUUCUUACUUAAAUACAUCAUUCCUGUAUAAAAGAAGAUUAAAUACAUGAUGAGUAAUAGUAAAAGUUUUAGGGAUAAAAUUGCAUAUUAUAUGAAUAACUUACAGAUACGAAGCAGCCUUCUGGUAUUGUGGGUAGCUAAGAAGCUUUGUAUGGACGGAUAAAAUCUGAGUGCCUGUGGAGUGAAAACCAAGAAAAUACAUUUGCCUAUUUAUCCAGGAUGAGAGAUACCUUGGUAAAAUAGUUAGGAGAAGGAAAGUUUCAGAAGUGUGAAUUCACAACUCCUUAAUAGAAAAUAUUUGUAAUGCUUUGAAAGGCCUGUGGUAGAAUCCUAUCUACCUGUGAUAGAUAUCUACAUUGAGUUUUAAGCUGGAAAUUCUUUUGACUGUCAGUUACUCUUACAGAAUAAUUUCUGUAUCUUUAGCGGUCCGUGCUGUUACCUGUUUGUCUAGACUGUUAAAAAUUUGAAUGCUGUGAUAAACUUCUAAUGGAAUGUGAUGCUAUUUAUGUAGAAAUGGCAUGCUGUCUUGUGCAGAGCUUAUACACAUCAGUAAAGUCAGUUCCACCCCUUUAAAUCUCUUCUGGGAUCUGUCCCAAAAGUGUUGUAUCAAAAAAGGAACAUAAUUUAUGAA